AUGGCAAAGGCAUACAGAAAAGAAGAUUUUGAUAAAUUAAUGGCUAAGGUGGUGAAAGUUGAUCAUAGGGUAAAGGAUUACCUUGAGGAUGCUGGGUAUGAGAAGUGGUCAAGAGUUCAUUCAAUAGUAAACAGAGGUAGAAUGAUGACUUCAAACAUCGCAGAGUGUAUCAAUGGUUGCCUUGUUGAUGCACGUCGGUUAACUAUAAUAGACUUCUUGGAGGAAGCUAGACUUCUAUUUGGUAGUUGGAACUAUAAAAAUAGAGAAAUAGCGUCAUAUACAAAUGACACAUUGGGCCGAAGAUUUGAGGAGGUAUUGAUUGUAAACGCAUCUAAAAGUUCAAACAUGAAGGUUGUCCCAUUGUCUGAGUAUAUUUUUUCAGUUUAUCAAGCCGGAAGAAGAUACAUUGUAUGCCUUGAGCGGAAAAUAUGUGCGUGUGGAAGAUUUCAAUAUGAUGAGAUACCUUGCGAACACGCAAUUGCAGUUUUGAAGCACAAGAAUGUUAUAGAUAUGUAUCCAUAUUGCUCUGAUUACUACAAGCCGGAUGCAUUAGAAAAAACCUACGAGGUUGCAAUGGUUCCAAUGCCAGAUAAGGAGGAUUGGACCGUUCCAGACUAUGUUUUAGAUGAAAUUGUCUUGCCACCUAGGUACAGAAGGUUGGCUGGACGACCAAGGAAUCGAAGAAAGAAAAACGCGGAUGAGAAGAUAACAGUGAACAAGAAUUCUUGUGGGCAAUGUGGACAAGAAGGUCACAACAUGAGGACUUGUACUUUCUUCCCGAAAGAGAAUUGA